AUGGGCAAGAUCGGAGAUUAUAGUCGAAGACAAAUCAGGGAAGUUAAUGGUAGAAAAGGAAUAAAGCUUAUACGGAUGGAUUGGCACAUUAACAUAGUGUCUACUAAUGAUUGGGGCGUGGGGGUCGCGAUGCGGGAGGAGGACCUGGAGGUGGCGCUUAAGGUGGUGAUCGUGGGCGAUGGUGGCGUCGGCAAGUCCAGUAUGAUUCAGCGCUAUUGCCGGGGGACGUUCACGCGGGAUUACAAGAAGACUAUAGGCGUGGACUUCUUAGAGCGGCAAAUUGAGAUAGACGGCGAAGAGGUGCGGUUGAUGCUGUGGGACACAGCAGGUCAAGAAGAAUUUGAUGCCAUCACGAAGGCAUAUUACCGUGGCGCACAUGCGUGCGUUCUGGCGUUCUCUACGACAGAUAGAGACUCCUUCCUCUCCCUACACUCGUGGAAGCUCAAGGUGGAGAAUGAAUGCGGCGAAAUACCGACAAUUAUAGUUCAAAAUAAAAUUGACUUAAUGGAUCAAUGUGUCGUUGGACCAGACGAGGCUGAACUGGUUGCACGAGCGCUGGGCUGUAGAUUGAUGCGGGCAUCAGUUAAAGAGGAUGUAAAUGUCGGCGCCGUGUUUAGAGCGCUCGCAGCGAGAUGUUUGUCAGACAUGCGGCGGGAUGACGCUGCUACUGAAAAUUCUCUACCGCCAUGUAUUACACCAGUCAUAGGUACCUUUACAAACCACAACAGCAACGGCACAAUCCUGUUACGGCCGACGAAGCACAGGCCAGGCGGCAAGAAGAAGAAUGUCUUCAAAAACGCAUGCAGAAUAUUGUGA